AUGCCAGUGCUGCAGGUGCAACCAGCUGCACAGGUGCCGGGGGUGCAGCAGCCCGUGCAGAUGCAGCCAGCCGUGCAGAUGCAGCCGCCUGCUCAGAUGCAGCCAGCCGUGCAGAUGCAGCAACCUACUCAGGUGCAGCCAGCUGUGCAGAUGCAGCAACCUACUCAGGUGCAGCCAGCCGUGCAGAUGCAGCAGCCUACUCAGGUGCAGCCAGCCGUGCAGAUGCAGCCAGCCGUGCAGAUGCAGCAGCCUGUGCAGAUGUUACGAGCCAUGCAGAUGCAGCCAGCCGUGCAGAUGCAGCAGCCUGUGCAGGUGCAACCAAUCAUGCAGAUGCAACCAGCAAUUCCGAUGGCUGCCCCCGUGGCUCCUGGUAAGUACGAUUUUAAAAAUCGUAAUGUUCACUUUACAUCAAGGGGUAUAUUCACUAAAAUCUGAAUGGAUUUUGUAGUGAAUGGCUAAAAAAUUAAUCCGUGUUUGGUUGUAAAUGUGCUGUAUAUUUUAAACCUUACAUUUGCUAAAGAAAAUUUGAAAUAAGGUACAAAGUACUGUUGGUGAUCAUCCUGCAAAAGUUGCACAUUUUAUUUGCACCAAAUUUGCAGUUAGACAGCUUAUCAAUUUUAAGAUGUAUUUCAAAAAGUGGUCCUUUUUGGAGGGGUCCAGUUUACCCCAAUUAUUAAGGAAUACCUGUCCUGGAACUUUCUAAUUUCUCAUACCUCCCAAAUGUCACUUUUCAUGAGUGACAGAUCUUUUUUUUUUUUUCCUGAUUCCUGUCCCUCUUUUCUAUAUGAAGUGCCUCUUUUCUAGGAGCUCCAUAUUGUUGGUGUUUGAGUGUGUAACAAAACAAACUGGCCCCUAGUCACAACCCCACACAUUCCUACAAUUAAAAGGAAACUAUAGGCUAGGAAUGCAAAAUUGUCUAUACCUCCCUAUAGUGCCCCCUCAUUCACACCUGAAAUCAGCGCUGAUGUCACUCAGUGCUGGGUCAAGCUCUGCCUUGGCUCCUCCUUUCUCGAUGUCAGGAAUCGCAUGUGCAUUAGGACAGCCCCAUUGGAAAGCAUUGUUUAAUGGUUUUGGGUAUCGCUGGAUGUCCUCAUGCAUAACGUUGGGAAGUCCAGCAUCAGUUAGGCAAACAAGUCGCCUAAUGACCUGGAAGUCCCUCUAGUGACUGUCAGGUAAUUAUUAUUGUAGGGUAAAACAAACAGAAGAAUUGCACCUAGACCACUUCAAUGAGCUGAAGUGGUCUGGCUGCCUACAAUAUCCCUUUAAAGUGUCCCUCAUUGUCAAUUUGAAAUGUGUGCUAGACUUUUUAAUUUGGUAUCUAAACUAUUGCAAAAUUACUAGUCAAUGUAUAAACUAAACUUGAAUUGCUAUGAAAAUUUGCUGCCCUUUUGUCAGUAAGGUUGCUAUAGAAUCUAAGCUAAUGUCUGUUGGGAAAACAAACACUGUUAUCUUCCUUGGCAUCAAUUCUGAUGAUUCCCAAAGAGGGUCAGUCCUGGAGGAGGUGGGUGCCAGUGAACCAGGGAUGUGAUGGCUUGUAUUGUCAGUGGGCAAAUAUUGCAGAAAAAUGCUUAUAAAGCAAGCUAAAGUGCUAUAGGGGCCUGGAGUGUCCUUUUAACACCUACUCACCUCCCCAUCUACCAAACACUAUCCAACUUUGUGUCCAGGUUCAUUCAUAUUGCCUAUGACUUCCAUGUAGAGUGACUUCCUGUAUGUUAUAAUAAUUCUUUCAUAUUCUUUUAGUGGUUACUCAGCCACAGCAGCCGCAGAAUAACGUAGUUGUUAAUGUGCAAAAUACCAAUACAAAUACUAAUACCAAUGAAAUGGGAUUGGCUAUGCCAUAUGGACCGAUUACAUGGCGGACAGGGUUUUGCCAGUGUCUUGAAGAUCUUCCAAUGUGUAAGUGAAAAUGUGAAACAUUUGUAAUCAUAAACUGAACAACAAACCAUGCAUGUGCCAUCUGAUCUAGUUACUGCGAACUACAUUUGUUUAGGCUAAUCACAAAUUUAGAUCCAUUUAGAGGAACUCAGACUUGCACAUGGAGUGGUCUGUGAAAGCUUUAUAUGAUUUCCGUAAGUCAGGCAACUUAAUGAUAACAGGAGAAUAAAAUGUUAAAUGUAUUAACACUUUCAGAGCAAAUAACACACUAUGCCAGGGUCAGGCAACCUUCAGCACUCCAGAUGUUGUGGACACAUCAGGGGAGAGGUAAUCCUAAUCCUUUGCAUCUGGAGUGCCAAGGUAGACUGCCUAUGGUCUAUGCCAUUGUAAUGUGUUCUUUGUAAGGAUUUGUGUAACCGUUGUAGUGGUUAUGGUGCCAGGAAUGCCUUGGUGUCCUCCCAAUGUACAUAGUCUCACUGCUCCACUUGCUUUCAGUAGCACAAAGGCCAUUGGUGACUAAAGUUGCAUAAGACAUACUGUGUGUUAUGUAAUAGAGAUGUGUGUGUGUGUAUAUGUAUUAUAUUUUUUAUAACUUUUCUGCCCUACCAGGUUUAUUUGGAGGUUUUUGUCCAUUUUUAUUUCCGUGCUAUUUGUCAGCCCUCUAUGGAGAGACGUGUUGCCUUGGCCUAUUACCAGGUUCGAUGUUUGCUCUGCGUACCGGGUUACGAGAGAGGUACAAGAUUCCGGUAAGUAAUCCUACACUUGCCUGGCUAUUCAGUCAGUAAACUGACCAGAAAAGUUAUAAUUUUGGGAUAAGAUGGCUGAAAAGAAGAUAAAAACUCCAGAUAUUUUUAGGUGUAUAGAUCUGCAAAGUGUUGGUCCACAUAACUCUCAUCCAUUAUAGCUCUUAACAAAUCUAGACAAGGAAUGUGAUUGAAAUCCACUCUGUUCCUAGUGGUAGGAGCAAGAAUGUUAGAUUUAUCAGAUCUUGGCUAUCUGCUCAAGUAAGUUAUUUUAGUCAACAUUUAUAUCCCUGAGGGUGACAGGAGAGUGAUUUUGAUACUGAGAAGUGUAGUGAAAGUGUCUUGGGGAAAAAGUGUUCUAAGGGGGGGGUGCGGAACCAGCACCCAAGCAAGACGGUCGCAACUCCUGUGAGCGCCAAACUGUCGUCCAGAUCUGUGGCUAAACCGGCAACUUGGAGGCUUAUUACAUACUUCCUUCGUACCCACAGAGCACGAGCAGACUAUGGGACGGCGUUCCAAAAUGCACUGAGCGGAUCCCGGGCCCGGCUAUCAGAACUUUACUGUGGAUGCCACAACAACCCGCGGCCUACUGCAUGGCAUCGUCUGAGGCAGAGAGUUAACAAGAGGAGGAUGUCCCUGCUGCCGGGCAAGCUCUAUGGCCAGGUUCCCCCCAGGCUCUUGAGGUGGAGGAUAGAGCUCCUUCAACUAAUGCUAACUUCAAAACCCUCUUGUUGA